AUGAAGUUUACACCUGAAUUCAUUGAAUAUUCGCCAUCUUACAUCAAUACUGUAAAAGAUCCCAAAUUAAACCUACAAGGUAAUAAAAUUCCUACUAUAGAAAAUCUUGGUGUAUCAAAGUAUUAUAAAAAAGGUUUAGCUACAACAGUCAAUUUUAAUGGUAAUCAGACAUUUUCUUCAGACAUAAAUUCUAUAUCAUUAGUUCAACAACAAGAUGAUAGAGAAAAUUUACAAGAAAUUGAAGAUGAUGCUGAUAAAUUGAUAUAUUUAGCUGAUGUGGUUGAUAAUGAA